AUGACCGCAAGCUUUCAAGUCAUUGCUGGCAUUGGCAUUGGCUCCCUCUUUACCGUCCUGCCCAUACCCAUGCAAGCCAGCCCAGAAAAAACGGAAGAUCAAGGCCUGGCCGUAGGUAUGCUUGUUGCUUUUCGGCUCUUUGGCGCGCUCAUCGGUCUUGCUAUUGCAUCGACGGCGUUUAAUAGUAGAUUUGGGCAAGCUAUUGCAUCUAUCGGGAACACAAUCUCCGACAUUCCGCAUUUAAACCCCAAAGAUGCGCUAUCUUUUAUCCCCGGUUUGAAAGGCACUACCAUGCCGCACGAAACUUUAUUGGCUGUCCAGGGGGCCUACACAGAGUCUUUCCGAGUAGUGUUCUAUGUUCUUGCUGCUUUUGGUGCGGUGGGCGCUAUGACAUCUCUAUUGACAAAGGAGCUAACCAUCGAGUCGGAGGAGCAAGGAAAGCAGGCAUUCAAUGCAUAG